ACCACUAGUACUACUCACUCAAUUCAACACAACCCUUCUUCACCCUUCAAUUCCUUCUUAUUCAUUCAUUCAAUUCAAUUCAUUCAUCUAACUCUUUUUACGUCCCAUCACCCCAAAUCUCUCUCAUCAAUCUCUUCUUCCCUCUCUAGAAAACUAACCCAAAAACCCUCAUCUCUCUCUUUCCCCUUCUCCUUCACAACACAACACAACCUGCUCCAAACACUCAUCACUAUCUUCCCAAACGCCAAUAGAAACAAAAAACCAUUUUCUCUAUCUAAGAAAAUUGAAGCUGUUCACAGUUGUUGAUCAUGGAGGCUACAUCAGGUGGAGCGUCAUCAGAGGCAGCAGCUCCAGCAGUGAGCCAUCAAGCUGAACAGUCAUCUCCGGCGGCGGCAGCACCUCUGAGCCGUUACGAGUCACAGAAACGGCGAGACUGGAACACGUUCUUACAGUACCUACGGAACCACAAACCGCCACUAACGCUGGCUUGGUGCAGCGGAGCGAACGUGAUCGAGUUCAUGAAGUACCUUGACCAAUUCGGGAAGACAAAAGUGCACGUGACCGGCUGCCCGUACUUCGGGCACCCGAAUCCGCCUUCCCCCUGCACCUGCCCUCUCAAGCAGGCUUGGGGCAGCCUAGACGCCCUUGUCGGGCGCCUCCGGGCUGCCUUUGAGGAAAACGGCGGUCGGCCCGAGUCCAAUCCGUUUGGAACCCGGGCUGUCCGGAUUUAUCUCAGGGAAGUCAGGGAAGGACAAGCCAAAGCUCGUGGUAUCCCUUAUGAGAAGAAGAAGCGGAAGAGAUCCAACGUUGUCACCGCCGCUGCAGUGUCUACAGCGACGGUGAGCGGGAGUGGAUCUCCCGCCACAGCUGGUGGCAAUGAUAAUAACAGCAACGCUGCCACACCUAGUGCUGCUACUGCGGCCACCGUAUAGUAUAAUUUUGAUUUUUUUUCUUAUUUAAUGCUAAUAUUUAUCUAUAUUUCAAAGGAAAUUAAAUGUGAUUAAGGUUUAUAAUUAAGUUACAUAUUGAUGCCUAUUUUUCUGAGAUUAAGCCUAACCGGUGUAUGUAAUUGUUUCUAACUAGUGCUUAUUUUUUCAUGCCCAA